UUUGUCAUUCCUCGUUGGUUGGGCAAUACGUGAGAACACUGGAACUUAAACGAACUCAUAUCCAUUUGAAAACCUUGAAACGAGUAAAAAACGAGCUCCUUCUUCAUAUAUAGACUAACUUUUGGACGUCUUCCACACUGAACUUUUACACUAGUAUUGUACCAUUGUUAACACUGCUGCCCAAGAACCUGACGUACUGCGUGUGCGUUUGUGAAGCGGAUUUCCAACUACCAUGCAACCUCCUUUCACUGUCUUCGUGCUGGUCUCGCUACAUCUUUCCAGUUUCGUAAAUUGCAAACCAGUGGAAUGGGACCUGCCCCGGCGGCACCGCCUGCCCACCAAAGGCUCUCAAAAAAGGCCUCUUCAUCGGCAAAAUGUCAGCGACUCUGGUGAUCUGCUCUUGAAUGGAAACUUGGGCGGUCAGUUGAGGAGAUUGAUCAAACACGAGUCUCUUGUUAUGCUUCAAAUGAAAACGGAUUCAACAGAUUUUGUGUCAAUAUUUGAUUUGAGAAAAAGGCGAUUCCUAUGCGUGGACGUUGACGGAGAGCUGUUUAAUUCACUGAUCGUGAACAAAGAGGAAUGCCGGUUCCAGUACCAGGAAGACCAGCUGGAUGGGUUCUACUCCUCCUGGCCAGCUGGCCUUGUGCUCAGUCUCCAGGACUCUGAGAAGACUGGAGAUGUGGUCACAGAAGACCACAAGUCCCUCCAACACUCCUCCGCCCUCCUAGCACACUACAUCCUUCCUCGGAUCCACAGAACCAAGAGGAGUGGACAGGUUUCUGACCCUGCUGACCCGCUAGAGAACCAGCGGCAGCCCAGACGCAACGGGGAGCACAAACCUGACCUGCACCAGGGAAAUUUGGACAAGGAGCAGCCUGGCGCUGUUUCCAAGGAGACCAUCACUUCCUGUGAUGAUCCCUUGCAGGUGUUGCAUUCCAAUGGCCCCAUCAGUCCCAUUAAGACUAACAUAGAGGACCGGACAGAGAAAGACUAAACAGCUAAGAGAUGACUUUGUACAAAUUGAGACAGACAUUUCAAAAGUUUCAAAAGACUCAAGUUUUGGUUGACGACUUAAAAACGUAUGCCCCUGUCUGCUUGAGUCAGUGGUUUGAGUCAAUAUCAAAUGGAGUGGCACUGAAAACACUGCAAAGGACGAAGAUGAAGAAGGAUGCUGAAGGUUUUACACAUGACUGAGAUGGUUACUUAGAAAGACCACAGUUAUGCAAGUUUUGGAGAUUUGGCACUUAAAUAUUUGCAUUGCGAAAAACAGGACAUUGUGCAGAGCACAGGGAAACGCAUGCCAAAGUGCUCGAUUCUCUCAAUUUUUAGGAUGAAAGUCCAAAAAAGUCAGUUUAGUGGCAGAAUCUGGACACAUCAGAGUCAUUUUACAAGACACACAAAUACAUAUACAGUAAGACACACUUAUUUAUGGACAAAGGAAAAUGUUUUAGUCAGAUGACCAAUAUUUUUCCCUCCUCAAAUGAAAUAAUAAUUCUUUAUCGUAACCCGGUGUCAUAUUAUAACCGUUGAACAGAAGUGAGGUUGAACCAGAAGUGUCCCAAUGUCCCCUGACCCUGAUGGUGUCCCUUGACCCGGACGGUUUGGUUACACUUUAAACAGUUGGGGCAUUGAGCCCAAUUAUGUUGCAAUAUUUGUUUUCCAAUUGAUAUUUAUACGUUUGUGAAAGUAAUUAAAAAACUGAAUAUAACUUUUCAUUUUUGUAAUGUGUAGGUAAUUAUUUACUGUAUGAAUCAUUUGCGCAUGCAUAUUAUGGGUUUAUGCUUUGAGUAAAACAUUGAGGUUUCCUAUAUUCAUGCUAGUAUAAAGGGUUUGCGACUAUAAUUGUACUGGCACAAAAGAUAACUGUUCUUAUACAAAAUGUAAUUAUUUGUAUUGACAAUUAUAACACAAAGCAUUUAUAAAGUACUACACCUAAGUCUUUCUCAACACUAAGUUUUAACUGUUGUGGAUCAUGAUCAAAUAUAAACAAAAUACUUAAAACAAAUCCUACUUAAAUGCUUUUAUAAAGGUAACUUUGUGGAUAGUUGGGAUGUUUAAACAGUCAGUCUGAAUCCAAGCAUGACAUUCAUUACUUUGGCCUGGUUGAAUUGCAUCACUUCCUGUCCGGUGCUCGGACAAAUGUAUUCACACACCCUAUUUAUGAUGUUAAAUUUGAUCUUUGUCGCACAUAAUUAUUUUGAUUUUUCACGGCUAAACAUAGAUAAGGACGACCUGGCGAGGCAUGUCAAGUUGUUCUGUAAUUAUAAAUGGUCUAGUACGUGUUUAAAGAACCUCAGAUGUUCUAGGUGGUGCUUAUUUGUUU